UAUUGUGCCCAACCCGAUUCUCUGACGUGACCUGGAGGGAUCCACUCUCUGCCCAGACGUUUCGCAGUGUCCAUCCGUUUGGUCGAAAUAUACAGAGGAUAAAUAUUCUUUAUUCAAACGUCAGUCUUUCAGUAGAGCGGUGUCCUGUGUGUCUCACACAAGAAGCAAUCAAACGCAGUACAGCGACAGUCUCGACGAACACACUCUGCGAACAAAAUUGAGGUAUCGAGCACCGAAUAUUACCGACAACGUCAGGCCUGAAAUCUACGUUUUGAUCACGCGCCAAAGGGAAAAAUGAUACUUGCCGCAACUCUCUCGCUGUUUCUGUUAUGCGGCUGGAUAGCUGCUUGCAACACUCAGCCAAGUAGCGAGAGCUCCACAACAUCUUCUACUCCGGGCUCUUGUUAUGGUGCAUGCUACCAGGGUCCAGCAGGGGUCGCAGGGGUCCCUGGGGUCCCUGGACUUCCUGGGAGCAACGGAGUCCAGGGGCCAACCGGCCCGACGGGUGAACCGGGCAUCGGCCUUCGUGGGCCAAAGGGAGAAAAGGGUGAUCCUGGUGCGAAAGGAGAUCGGGGCGAGACCGGAGUUGGUUUGAAGGGAGUUGUUGGGUCUCCAGGUGUUGCAGGUGAGAUGGGGCAGAAGGGCGAAAAGGGGGAGCCUGGGGAAACGUCCACAGUGACUCAAGCACUGCAGUCUGUCGUUGCUUUCACUGCUUUCCUGACAAGUGACGUGUCACGGGAUAGCGGGGAUGUUGUUGUGUUUCCUUACGUAGAAACUAACAUUGGAGGUGGGUACGAUUCGCAGUCGGGCGUGUUUACCUGCUCAGUUCCCGGUCUCUAUUUCUUCAGCGUGACACUUAUGACGGAGAGCAACACAAACCCACGUGUUGACGCGUUCCUGAAACGGAAUAGUGACAACAUAUUUCAGAUCCAUGACGAACACGACAAUCAUCACCACCAACCAAGUAAUUCUGCGGUAAUUCAGUUGGUUAUUGGGGAUACAGUUAAGAUUGAGACUUCCGUAGCUGGAAUAAGUAUGCACGGUAGUUCUUACCAUCCUUCAUCGUUCUCCGGUUUUCUGAUCCACCAAAUGUAAGUUGGCUGAACCGUCCAAACCGUUUUUGACUGAACCGACGCUCCACCAGGACUUAAGCUACACAUAUUAAAAAACAAAAUAAACUAAAACUGAAUAAUAACGGGAAAUUUUGUGCUAUUUAGAAAAACUAGGUGAUUGCGUAAGACGUCUUCAAUUGGCAUUUUAAAUGUUAAUGUUAAGCAUUUGUUGCAAAUGUUGGAAUAAAGGGAGGCAAUCAACAAUUGCUUAAAUUUACCUGGUAAGCACGAAAUAACAGAACUUCCAGUUUGUUGAUGCUGUAAGUUAUCCAUUGAAAAAUCUUGUCAUCAUCCAAUGUAUCAUGUUUAGUAUAAACCUCCCAGCAUUAAAGUAAUUUUAUGCUUACGUCCGUGAGUUACCGGAAAAUACAUUUUUAUUUAUGUCCAUGUACUUGUAGUUAUCUUGGAAAUUAUUGUCGCAAGACUUAUUUUGGAAAUCCGAAUGUUGCCCAAGAUAGCGUCUCUAGAUCGCAAAAUAUAAACGUGACGUUCUUUCCAAAUUAAGGCGUUUUUCUCCAAUGUUCGAUAUAAUCAAACACAUUUUUCCAUCGUUUAACUUUAUAAAACUCGUGAAAUAGUUGUUGAACUGGAAACUAAUUUGAAGUCGCUCUGAAAUUUUGCCUCUCUUGCCUCUACAUGAGCCUACCGGUAUACUUGAGAGUUUUGCACCUUAAUUCUUAUCGGUUUCUUGAUCUUAUCCUACUCGUUAAAUAUCUGUUUUGCUCAUGGUGUGAAAGUGGUUCGCAACUGUUAUUGUGCAUGCCCGUUGACUUUUCUCAAUGUAGUGGUGUUUUACCAUGUUGACAGCUUAAUAUUCUAUAUAUAUUCUUAUACGAUAUAUUAUUAUAUUCUUAUAUUAUUAUAUGUUUUAUUUUUACAUUUUAAUCUAUGGAAUUUGAGGUAUUCUCUGCUGUUAUUUUGUGGCUCAUAGUAAAAUGUGUACUGAGCUGUAUCAGAUGUGUUUCUUGUCUUCGCUAUUUAAUUAAAAUUUAAUUUGUAAUGGAUGUACUUUUCAAAGUGAGAUCCAGAGAAUAUACUCCGACCCAUGUACAGCAUUUUUUCUCGGGGGGGGGGCACAUUUUUAGGGAGGGGUCGUAAAUCACUGAUCAUUGGCGAAACCAUUACAAGUUGCAGGGGCUCAUAUUUGGCAAGAAUUCAUAUCCUGCGCAAUGCACUGGAGGUAAAUAAAUCAUUUACUGUAUGAAUUAUUCAUGUGGUAUACACCUCAGAGGUGGGGUCAAUCGUUCAACACUUCGGUUUCAUUAGUUUUCGCUGUUUCCCCGCUCACCUUGUGAAGUUAUGCUUGUUUGACUAUAAUUCAUUAAUAUCGAUCAGGCUGCUGCAGUAGGCUAUUUCCAUUAGUCUGUUCUGUCAUGUUUGUGAUAGUGCAGCAUUUUGACAAAUUGAAACAUUAAUUUAAUUGAAGGAGACAAACAGAAAGUUAACGUUGUCCAUUUGAUAAUUGUAACAUUCACACAAACGUUGGAUUCAUUUAAUGGAACUAAGCUUGAUACAUGUCUCUCAUCUUCUAUUAAGAUCAACGUUUAUUCUUCACGUGAGUAGUAGGGAUUGGAGAGUUCUGGAGCACACACCCCUUUUUGCCCCGUUUUUGCCUAAAACUCCUGGGUACUACAUCGAUUAAAAAAAUCGCAGAAAUAGUUUUGACGAGAAAAAAUGGGAAAAACCAUAAAUGACUCGAAAUCCCGGGUUUUGCCCCAAAAAACCCCUGGGUACCACAUCGACAAAAAGGACAUUUU